AUGUCAAUCUUGUUUUCGAGAGGUAGAGGAGCGAAGACAACAAAAGGAUACGUAGCCAUCUUCGUGUGUUUGGUCACUCGCGCAGUGCAUAUUGAAGUCGUGUCCGAUCUUACUACACGAGCUUUUUUGGCAGCUUAUUCGAGGUUUUGCGCGAGAAGAGGAAGACCGUCAAUCGUCUACUCGGACAAUGCGACGACAUUCAAAGGUGCAGCCGUGGAGCUCAAGAGGCUUUUUGAAAAAAGCUCAUCGUUCAGUCGUCGUAUCCAAGCUCAAUUAAGCGAACAAGGCACGAAAUGGUCGUUUAUCCCGCCGCGCGCUCCGCAUUUUGGAGGGCUAUGGGAGGCCGCGGUUCGCAGCUUUAAGCACCACUUCCGCCGAGUGAUCGGAGAAACAAAGCUGACGUUUGAGGAACUCGCAACACUGGCGGCACGAAUCGAGGCGUGCUUGAACUCGCGUCCGCUGCGGCCACUCAGCAGCCAGCCCGAAGACUACGCCGCUCUUACCCCGGGUCAUUUCCUGGUUGGAUCGGCGCUUCUGGAUUACCCCGAGCCGUUCGACGAAGGUGAAAUUUUAAGCCUCACCGAUCGCUGGAGGCUUUUGCACGGUCUGCGAGACUCGUUUUGGCGUCGCUGGCGAAAAGAAGUCCUUUCGCAGAUGCAGCAGCGCAAUAAGUGGACCGACGUUCGAAGGAGCCUCAAGCCAGGUGAUAUGGUCAUUAUGCGAGAUGAGUUGUGUCCGCCUUCAACCUGGCCCUUGGCACGCGUCGAGAAGGUUCACUUGGGAGCUGACGGACUAGUGCGAGUCGCUACGAUUAGGACGUCGGACUCACGAUUCACGCGUCCCGUAGUCAAGCUCAUCAAGCUGCCAACCGAUCUUGACCUCAAGAGUGAUUCUCGGCCUGAAGUCGAGACAAGCUAG